AAUUAUUAAGAAAGGAAUAUCCAAAGGUUGAAUCGAAGUUUCUUGCAGUUUCUAUGUGAACCCCACUUCAUUAAUUAUUUUACUCAAAACCAUAUGAUAAGUAUUUGUCUCAAAACCCCAAUAAUUUUUUUCUGUCUAUAUAUAUGUGUGUGUGUGUGUAUACUAACCAUCAAGACCAUUUGUCUCUUCUGUUGUCACCCUUCAGCCUCUCUUCUCUUUACACUUCUCUCUCUUGCAGUCUAACUUCAGAGUCCAUUAAUCCCUUAAGCUUGCAAAAGUUUAUCCUAUAUAUAUAUAUAUAGAUAUUAUUACAAAAUUAAUUAAGUUUAUCUAAGUUCAAAGUGUGAUUAGAAGGUGGAAAAGAAAUGGGAGUUGCUGGGACUUUGGAGUAUUUCUCUGAAUUGCUGAGCAGUGCAAAGAAAGGAAAGAAAAAGAAGAUAUUGCAAACUGUAGACCUCAAAGUUAGGAUGGACUGUGAAGGCUGUGCACUUAAAGUCAAGAAAACACUCUCUUCUCUCAAAGGAGUGAAAUCUGUGGAUGUGAACUUAAAGCAGCAGAAGGCAAGUGUAACUGGAAAUGUUGAUGCCAAGAAAGUGUUGAAGAAGGCUCAGUCUACAAAGAAAAAGGUUGAGCUUUGGCCUUAUGUUCCAUACAAUUUGGUGGCCCAUCCUUAUGUUGCUCCUGCUUAUGACAAGAAGGCACCUCCUGGUUAUGUUAGGAAAACUGAGGACACUGCCAUUUCUUCUUUAAGCACAGUGGAAGAACAGUACACCACCAUGUUCAGUGAUGAGAAUCCAAAUGCUUGCUCUAUCAUGUAGAUAAUUUGCCCACCGCUGCGAGAAAAACUUGUUUGAGCCGGAGCUAGCUCGUUGAGUACACUUGAAGACAUAUAUGUGUGUGUGUGUGUACAAAUAUGAAGAAAUGGAUAGUCAUACUUCUUGUUACAUGCAUCUUAAUAAAUUUUCUUUGGAGAUCUAAGUAUAUAUAUUUGGUUAUGUGACUUAUUUUUUAAUUUUUUCCUGCAGACACACCUAUAUUGUCCCGAGCAUACUUGAACACUCAACCUUCUCUUUUUAAGGAUGAGAUGUUUAAAAUUUUUGUCCUCCACAAUAUAUUUACAACUAAUAAGAUCAAGAACGAGAUGUUUAAAA